CAGCCAGAUUCAACCGUUGCUCCACCUCCUGAAGAGCCGAAAGAGACUACCAUAGCUCCUGAGGAUGACGGCUCUCAAGCUCCGACAACUUCCAUCAUCCCAAAGCCACAGGAGCCAGAGGAAACGAAUCCACCGGAUCCUCAAGACCCAGCUACUGCAACUGAGCCUAGCCCAGAGGGCCCUGCCUCAGAUUCACCAGGCUCGGAGACACCAGAUGAUCCUGCAACUCAAACUCCAACCAAGGGAGACCCCAUCCCAACAACCCAGAAGCCGCAAGAACCUGAGACCUCAACUCCACCUGCAACGAAUCCAAAGCAACUUGGUCCGACUUCUGUAGAGCCAGAAAGACCUGAGACUUCAGCUGCACAAUCUGAAGGUGCUGAGAACUCCCAAGAUCCUGGAUCUCCUACCACGGUACAGAGGCCUGACAUCCCGCUUCCAACACCUCCUGGUCCUGAUGAUGAUAACCCUGACGAUACGGAUAAGGAUAAGGACAACAAGGACAACGAGAAUAAGGAUAACGACAACAAGGACAGCGACAACAAGGACAGCGAUAACAAGGAUAACGACAACAAGGACAACAAUAACAAAGAUAACGAUAAUAAGGACAAGGAUGACAAGGAUAGUGACAACAAGGAUAAGGACAACAAGGAUAACAAUAACAAAGAUAACGAUAACAAGGACAACGACCCCGAAGACCCGGAUGACAAGCCCAAAGAUCCUAAAGAUCCAGAUGAUGACUGCGAGAAAAAGGAGCCAACCCCCUGCACGAAGACCGUCUCAUUUUACUCUGAGAGUGAAACUUAUACCAGGUACACCUCGCUCAAACCUGUCGACUGUCCCGCUCGUGAAGCCCCCACCAUCACGACAUCUAUUUUUCCCGAGGUAUCUGUUCUAUGGGGGGUUGUUGAUACUGAAGAUCUUGUCAUCCCUCAAGAUCUCCAAGACGUCGACAAUGAGACCAGUCAAUAUUUCCAGCAACUGUUCGAUGACGAAAACAUCUCUAUCAACGAUGCCCAACACGCCGAUGUCAAGUGCGAGCAGAACGCAGACAAGGAUAUUUCUCGAGACUGCUUCAGCCUUAUCCAGGAUUCCUUCUGUCAUGCUGUAGAAAGAAAGAAGGGUGAGCCGUUAGCGCUGAACUUUACAGGCAAUCAGGGGUCUCAGCAGAAACGCGCUUCUCUCGACGAAAGACGCAGGAUGCUACAUGAAAGAGCUGAAGCUUGCGGCGGUGGCUGGAUGUUCGAGUUUGAUUGGAGUGGCGCUACUAACCUUGAUGACUGCUUCACUUCUUGUGAAGACUCGAUGUAUGCUUUUAGUGAUGAGUGCUUCGACUCUGGUAACACUUUCAAAGAGGGUUCUAUCGAUGUUGGAUGUGGGAGCUAUAAGUACAGAGCGGUUCCUGCUCCUACUACGACUGUACAACCGACUACUGUCUUCACCAAUGGUCCCGCUAUCGCGACAUCAGAUGGAAGCUCAUGUGUCCUCACCGCAUUGAACACACAAUGCACUACCACCUCCGAUAAACCAACCUGCACGAUCAAUCCCUCAUGCUCUUCAUGGAUCUCCACAAAACCAACAGAAAAGCCACCAACACCUCUAGGAUUCAAGCCAGUUGUAUGUGAGAAAGAAUCCGACUAUCCCAACCAUCCCGACGUUUCACCAGAUUUCCAGGCCGGGCGCGCAGGCGUCUUCUGCGGUUCCGGUAUCUACGAUAACAAGGCUUCCAAGAUAGGCCCGGGGAGUAAACCAUAUACUGCUGUUCACAAGGGAGGCAAGGUGAAUUAUGUUUAUCAGGUUUCGUGGAUUGAGGGUUGUAAGACUACGGUUUCGGAACAGGAUGUUUCGCAGCCUGUUGGGGAUAAGGGACCGCGAUGCGCUGAGAUUUUCAAGGCUGCAUUUAAAGGCUGUAAUAAUGGUGGUGUUGGAGGAUACAUCGAUGCUGGAUGUCUUCGCUAUGCUUUCAUUGGUGGGAAG